AUGGCUCCAGUAGCUCGGUCAUUGACUCAGCCAGCACGGUAUCUGGCCCGGAAGGGCCUGAUGGCUCCAUCAAUCCGGUACUUUUCCGCCUCGCCGCUCAAUCGUGCCUCGGAAGACCCCGUGGUGCCCCCUCCGCCAAAAGAACUCAAGCCAGAGGAUUUCCCUCCAUUGCCCGAGUACUCACCCGAGCUUCUGAGCAAGGAGCAUCGCUCCAUGUAUGAUCUCUUGUCCCCCGAGGAGCGCAAGGCAUUUGAUGAUGAGAACCACGCUAUGGUUGCCGAAUUCAAUGAUCCUGUGAAGCGCGCCGCAAUCUUCAAAGACCUUGAAAAGCAAGUUCAGCAGAUUGACAAGGAAGAGGAUUUGCGGUACGAAGAUAUCCGCCCCACAAAGCCCGGUUUCUGGGCCGAGGACGAACCCGAUGAACUGGCCCAGGUUGAGGAUGGCGAUGAGGAGGUCGAAGAUGAUGAAAUGACUACCCUGGCACACCAAGAAAUGGAGCUGCAUAGGGAGAUGAGAGAGUACGCUCGUAUCACAGCAUGGGACAUGCCCAUGCUAAGCAAGCUCGCCCAACCGUUCACCCUGCCUCCCGCCACCCACAUUCUACGCUUCCGCUACACUACCUACAUGGGUGAACAGCACCCGGCAGAGCCCAAGGUCGUGGUGGAGCUGGCGUCCCAAGAUCUGACUCCCAAGUAUCUCACCGAAGCCCAGCGCCAAACAUUCCUCAAGCUGGCCGGCACGCGCUACAAUCCGCAGACCGACAUCAUCCGCAUGUCCAGCGAGAAGUUUAGCUCACGGGCCCAGAACAAGCGGUAUCUGGCCGAUAUCGUCAACUCGAUGAUCAAAGAGGCCAAGGAAGGUGACUCCUUUGCCGAUAUUCCCCUCGACCUCCGCCACCACAAGCCUAAGACCAGCAUUCGAUUCCCCGAGUCUUGGAACAUGACCGAAGCCCGCCGGAACCAGUUGGCCGCUCGGCGCCAAGAGCGCCUAUCUGCCGAGGAGACACGGGAGACUCUGGUGGAUGGUAACUCGGUUAUUUCUCAUGCCAUCAAGACUCUGCCCUCGCUCAACCCUGUUCUCAUGGCCAGGGCCGAGGAGGAACGGGAGCGUGUCGCUGUCAGAAUUGGCGCUCGUGGCAGUCGGAAGGCCCCUAUGGGCCGCCGGUGA